UUAAUUCUCAUCCGAACUCUCAGCUAUCUUGAUAGCUUUCAAGUUCAACCAUGCUUCAAUCUUACAUCCUCUUGGCCCUCGUCAGCCUCAUGCUGUGCUCCGCGACACCAGUCGAAAGAUCUCCAGCUCAAAUUGCUCUUCCAAAACCCACAGGCAUAUAUCAAGUCGGUCGCAGUGUCACCGAACUCAUCGAUUAUAAUCGAACUCAGCCAUUUGUGGAAGGCGAUGAGCCUGUAAAACUCAUGAUCUCUGUCUUCUACCCGGUUCCUCGCCAGCACCAUUCUAUCUUGGGCGCAUACAUGCCUCCUGAGACAGCAGGAAUCGAGGACCUUGAGCUCAGCCUCGCCGGUGUUGCAGCACCAAACGGCACAUUCGAAAAACUCUUUCUGCACCUCGCUAGCAAUGAACCAACUGAGAAUGUCACGAAUCAAACCUCCUGUCAACACCCUCUGAUCCUCUUUAUGCCUGGCCAAGGAACAACUCGUCACUUUUACCAACAAAUCGCAUCAACCAUAGCCAGUACAGGAUACAUCGUGGUCACCAUCGAUGCAGCUUACGACGUCGAUGUUGUAGAGUAUCUCGACGGUUCUCUUGCCAUGUUCAACGCAUCGUUGUGGGAAACCCUAGACCUAAUUGCACUCAACCGGACUGGCUUCACGGCAAUCGAAACUCGUGUAGGAGACGUCAGUUUUGUUCUCGACUCCCUCUCCAACGCAACCCUCGCACACUCACUCGUCCCGAACUUGCCUUCAUACGGCUUAAACACCACACACACUGCCAUGUUUAGUCAUUCCUUAGGAGGAGCCACCGCAUUCUCCGUACUUGAAUCUAACGACCGCAUCCUUGGAGGGCUGGACAUGGACGGCGGCCUCUUCGGUCCAGGUCUCUCAACCGGGACCUCCAAACCCUUCAUGAUUAUGGGUCAUGAAGGUUACACACGAGACAAUCAGAAUGACGAUCCCUUUCUCACUUGGAAGACUAUAUGGCCGAACCUUACUGGGUGGAAGAGAGAUAUCAUCGUUAAUGGUACUGGGCAUUACGACUUCUCUGAUUAUCCGAUCGUGUUUGAGACGCUUGGGAUCACGCCUUCCAAUCAGACUGUACUAGACAAUAUCUAUGUAGGGAACAUGAAAGGGAAGAGAGCACUCGAGAUUGUGACUACCUAUGUUGGAGCAUUUUUGGACUUUGUGAUUUACGGGAAGUGCUCUGAGCUAUUGGAUGGGCCUGUGGCGGAAUUCCCCGAAGUCACUUUUGAGUACUGAUUUUGUUUGUUGCACCUGCCGGUCUCAGAGGAAAGGCAAUUGAUAAUAACGUGUAAUCGUAAGGCGGAAGCACUUUAAUUUGCCUUUUACACCAAACUGUGCUCCUUCGUUAAGGGCUAAGCUCUAGCAAUUUGUCCAGCUUUAGCAAAUACUUUGUUUAAGAACACUUCAAAAUGAGCACCUUUCCACAACGCUCAAAAUCAAUCAGAC